ACCUGACAGUCCUAUUCGAACUCGAACAACUGCGGUACUGCUUAGACCAGACCGGCAUUCGUGGGAUUUUUCAUUGUUCGUUCCGUUUUUCUACUACUGUCAGUUGGUGCGUGGGUGAUACUUUCUCAAAAUAUAGUUUACUCGUGUACGCUGUAAUAUUCGUCUUGAUACAUUAUCCUUCAGUAUUGUCACUAAGAAAAAUAGUUUAAAACUAUUUGUUAUUUAUUUCACUUGUUCAACAUGGCUAGCUCGGUUACAAAAGUUUGCAAAGCAAUUUCACAGGCGGCAUCAAAAUCAUCCUCAACUGGCACAGUACCUCUGUUUGUAUCAAGCCAACGAAAAUAUGGAACCGGCCGCAUUGAAGCCAAAAAGCCUGUUGUGGAGAUGGACGGAGAUGAAAUGACCAGGAUCAUUUGGGCGAACAUCAAGGAAAACCUCAUCUUCCCUUAUGUUAAGGUUGACUGUGAGUAUUACGACCUGGGACUGCCUUACAGAGACGCCACCGAUGAUCAAGUUACUAUUGAUGCGGCCAACGCCAUCAAGAAACACAACGUAGGCAUCAAGUGUGCAACCAUCACACCUGACGAGGCCCGUGUCGAAGAAUUCAAGUUGAAGAAGAUGUGGCUCUCGCCUAACGGUACGAUCCGUAACAUCCUGGGCGGUACAGUGUUCCGAGAGCCAAUCAUGUGCAAGACAAUCCCGCGGCUGGUGCCGGGUUGGACCAAUCCCAUCGUGAUCGGCCGUCACGCCUUCGGAGACCAGUACAAAGCUACUGACACAGUCAUCAGCGGCCCCGGCAAGCUGGAGCUGGUGUUCACUGGCAAAGAUGGCAAAACCGUUACCAACACUGUGUAUGAGUUCAAGAGUCCGGGCGUGGCUCUGGCUAUGUACAACACGGACGAGAGUGUUGCCGCCUUCGCUCACUCCAGCUUCCAGGUAGCGUUGGGCAAGAAGUGGCCCCUCUAUCUGUCAACCAAGAACACCAUCUUGAAAAAAUACGAUGGAAGGUUCAAAGACAUUUUUCAGGAAAUUUAUGAGAAGGAGUACAAGGCCAGUUUUGAGAAGAUUGGCAUCUGGUAUGAGCAUCGUCUGAUUGAUGACAUGGUGGCUCAGGCGCUCAAGUCUAACGGAGGUUUUGUAUGGAGCUGCAAAAACUACGACGGAGACGUACAAUCAGACAUUGUAGCUCAGGGCUACGGAUCUCUGGGCCUGAUGACCUCGGUACUCAUGUGUCCGGAUGGUAAGACGAUAGAGUCAGAGGCAGCUCACGGCACUGUCACCAGACAUUACCGUCAACACCAACAAGGCAAGGCCACGUCUACCAACCCGAUAGCUUCCAUCUUCGCCUGGACAAGAGGCCUAGAGCACCGAGCCAAGCUUGACAGCACUCCAGACCUGGCCAAAUUCGCCACAGCGCUGGAAGAGUCAUGUGUUGAAACUGUAGACUCUGGUAAGAUGACCAAAGACUUGGCAGGUUGUAUCCAUGGACUGCCUAACGUCAAGGAAGGCAUGUACCUACACACCGAGGACUUCCUGGCUGCCAUCAAGGAGUCACUCGACAAGAAACUGAAGGCCAGAGGCAUCGUCAACUAGACAUUCCACACGUCUCCUGGGUUGUAAGCGUAACUCACCCCUGUUUAAGUAAGUUGUGAGAAUCGUUGAAUUAACUUUAGCUUUUGCUUACUUUGUGACUUAGGUCUUUAAUUUAUUUACUUGCAACAUAAAUUGUAAUUGUAUUACUAUUCCGUAAAAUAUUUCUUUACCGGAAGAGUGUAGUUGUUCCCUCCCAAAUCGAUCGAAGUUGGACAAACACACAUUUUGGAUGAGUAACAUAUGAUAUUUUUCCGUACUGCCCUAACCUGACAAUAAAAACUGACAAAAUCUGUUAUAUUUUCCCACCAACUCAAGGACUUAAUAAUCAUCACUCACAACCUCUCUUAGAGGUUAUGUUUCCAUUGAUAACCACUCACUGCCAUUAAAAUAUUAUACUAUUUACUAUAAAACUGCAAAAUUGAGUAUACAAAGUUAAUUAAAUAACGACUUAAAAAUGUAGUUGUUGUAAAUCAUUUAUCUUAUAACUGGUGCAAUAAUUACAAGGCCAUCUUGUUGCCAUCCAGAACGUUAGACUGAAAAUUAAAAAUGUUCAAUUAAGUAGAAGAUAUGGAAACUUAUUAUUCUUGUAAGUUUGAUUGUGAUUGUGUUGAACGAUUGUGGUGCUAUUUUGUGCUAAGUUUCUCAAAAUGAAAUCAUACAAUUUGCACAAACAGUAUACUGUUUUUUUUAACUGACUGAGGCAGUUUUUUUCAAACUCUCACUCUCAUGCCAAUGUCCAAUUUUGUACAAACUUUGUCAAACCGCAUUUAGUGGAUAAGUCAUGUUAACUGUAAAUUUAUCUUUAGACAAAUUCUUCUAAAUGGUAAUACAAAAUUACCUAAAUUUUAAGGGCCUUAUUUUAACAUUUUUUGGUAGUGGUGUUGUGCCUUAUAGCCCAAGGAGCGUGAACUUUAUUUAACAUGCACUUGUCAGUGAUAUAAUAACUUACAUCGGUUUUAAAACCGGUGACUUUGUGUUUAAGGCCAGUAAAAAAUCUAGGGGUGGACUAUUUUGAAAAUAAGUUAAGAUUUAACACACAAACCAAGUUAAUUGUAUAUUUGUCCACUUCUAGAAACUAUUGUUGAGCUUAGAUAAGUAAGUUUUAUGUUAAUUUAAGUUUAAAUGUACUUCAGUCAAGUUGCCAAGAAAGUUUUCUUUUCUUGUGAGACUUAUAUUUUGUGCAAGAGAAAAGAUUAAAAUUAAUUGUGAAUUAAUUUUGUGAAGACUGAUCAUGUUUCUACUUAAAAGCUUGUUGUUCCUGUGUUAGCAAAUUUUACUAUCGAGUUUUUUCAUCCAAUAUUUAUUAAAAUUGUUUAGGUAAAUGAUGGGAAUAUUUAUUCUGGCAUCGUUCUUACUUAACCACUGCUUCUUUAUUUUCAUUUCAAAUGAAUCAGAGUCAGAACCAUUCUAACUUAUGUGAAAGAAGUGGAAUAAUUCAUCAUCAAUAUUUUGUAUUGAUUGCACUCUUUUAUACCUGGUAUUUAAAUUUUUUUAUUGAGUUUGUUGAAUGUUGAGAUGCUGUUUUGUUUUUAUUUUUGGCUUUUCGUGUUUGAUUCUUGUUUUGCGUUUUCAUCAGCUUCAUAUUAUGUUCAUACAUUAUGACUAUUUCUGUAUAUUUUGUCAUAUCUAUAUUUUAACUUUGCUCACAUUUUUGUUGAUUUUUAUAUAUUCUUUAUAUACAUAUUUCAUAUAUAAAUAUUUCUUACCAAUUUAUCAAGAGUUUUAGAAUUAUCAAAUCAUCAUUAAUUUUGUUUUAACAAAUUCUGAAAGUUAUGAAUUAUGAGAUUUUGUUGGAGAAUAAUAGUCUUCUCACACAAAUAUUUAUGACUGAUUGUUGUGCCAUUGUUGUAAAGAAUGUGAUUGAAUAGACUGAUGUGAAAUAAAAAUUUAUUUUAAACAAA